AUGCCAGCCACUAACGAAACCAUUGAUGAAGCAACACGUCCGCACGAGAAAUUACACAUUGGCACAAGAGGGCUGAAGCAUCGUCCAAACCGGGGCACAUCCUACUCACGACCAUUGUUUCACGUCACCUUCACAAUGAUAGCUGUGUUGUGGGAGCACUUGGCGCCUUAUGGUUGGCUGCUUACAUUUUCUUGUGUUCUGGCGUACUUUAUUUAUAACAAUGUGAUCAAGCCAAAGCUUAAAAGUAUAUGGGAGUCAAAGGAAUUGAUUGAAAAGAAGAAGUUUGAUGAAGACGUUCACGCUCGUGUUGCCGCAAGACUGGAAGCCGCUCGAGAAGCGCAGCAACGACAUCAUGAUGCAGUUGCGGAAGAAGUUAAGCGAUCGGCUGAAGAAGCAGCUCGUAAGAAGCUUGAACUUAUUGAAGAGGAACUGCGGAAGAGGAAUGUGUUGGAGACAACGCUCAUCUCGCGAGAUCUCAAUUUGAAGAAGAAAGUGACAAAAGUGGACCAGCCACAAAGUCCAGACGAAAUCAUCGAUGCAUACAUUUCCUCCAAACCCGUUGUAGUUUUCAGCAAGACCUGGUGUCCAUUUUGCAGGAAAGCUAAAGCAGCAUUGGCAACACUUCGACUACGAAAAGAACAAUUCGAGUACAUCGAGUUAGAUGAGCGACCAGAUCUGCCCAUGGAUGCUAUACAGGAUGAAUUUCAGAAGAGAUAUGGUAGCAGAUCCGUCCCAAAGGUGUUCAUUGGUGGGCAGUUCAUAGGAGGCGGAGAUGAUACCGCUCGACUCUUGCAUACCGGGGAGCUGGAACGUCUAGUGCAAGCAGCACUGAACUCCCAGUAG